UACCUCCACCUGUCCUCCUUGUGUUUGAUCAGUUUGAGCAGCAGGUUUGGAGAUACAGGGAGGGUUUUCUCCAGUUUUUAAUCCCCUGCAUCUCUUACAGAACAGAGUGCAUGCUAUAACUGAAGUGUUUGGACUGGACUGAAGCUUUCUUUGCUCUGUUUCUGAGAAAAGAUCAAAAUGUGGGCUUCAGCUCUCUCAGCCUCUCUGCUGUUGCUGAUGUUUGUUGUGUCAGACGCCAUCAGACUUUUAAAAGAAGGACCUAUGAUCGAUGAAGAAGGACGAGAGUACAAAUCUUUGAGAUUUGAUCCAGAACCAGAGGAAGAUGAUGAGCACACUGUCCGUGUAGUGUGCACAGAAUCAACUAUGAUCGUCAUGGUGAAGCCUGAUCUGUAUAAAAAUGGACAUCUGCUGUCUGCAGCGGAGCUGUUCUUAGGUGAAGCUCGGUGCAGAGCUGGAGCUGCUGCAGACUCAGAGUUCAUCAUUGAAGCUGGGCUGCAGGAAUGUGGAGCUACGCUGACCAUAACUGAGAACUCUGUGAUUUACUCCAACAAGCUGAUCGUCUCACCUGUGGACAGGUACCAGGGCAUCACCAGGACAUACUCCGCUGUCAUUCCUGUCUCCUGUCACUAUAAAAGGACUCCUUUUGUGAGCAGUAACUCUCAUCAGUCUCCUCUGACUCUUCAAUCUCCGACCCAGCGCUCUGGUUUCUCUCUGACGCUGAUGAGUGAUGACUGGACACAGGAGUUGUUCUCUGGGAUUUUUUACCUUGGAGACGUUGUUCACCUGCAGGCGUCCUACAGCGGUCCUGAUGCUGCACACAGGCGACUGCUGAUUGACAGCUGUGUGGCCACUCUGUCACCUGAUGUCACAUCAGUCCCCAGAUACUACUUCGUUGAAAACCACGGGUGCCUGACUGAUGCCAAAGACGGGGGACCAAACACACGAUUCAGACCCCGAACACGAGCUGAUUCCCUGCAGCUGCAGAUGGAUGCCUUCCUGUUUCACGGGGAUUCAAGAAACAUGAUAUUUCUGACCUGUCAGCUGAAAGUCACAGCUGACAUGUGGAGGAGCAGCCGCACUAACAAAGCCUGUGACUACAUAUAUUCAAGGUGGAAAAAUGUUGACGGUGGUGAUGACGUGUGUCGCUGCUGUGAUAGCUCUUGUUUGAACUCUUCUCCUGUAUCUGACGAUAUCGUGGCUUGUGGCAGCGUAACCCUCGGCCCUCUGACGAUUUUCCCCAACAAGUAGACACAAACUUCCUCUAGAUUAUAACUUUAAGGUCAUGUUUACUUUGCUUUGAAUGGGGAAUAUUAAAUAUUAAAUCAAGAGAAUAUUUUGCA